AUCACAUACGUGUCUUUAAAAAUACCUAAGAAAAGAGCAUCCGUUUUCCUGUGUUUAUUUUAUUAAAUUCUAUUAUGUAAUAAGUUUAUCAAUUAAUUUUAAUUUCUGGUCGAUUCUAACGAAAAGUUUAAAGUGAAAAUCGUCUUCAAUAAUUAACAGUAUAAAUAUUUAUAGAUUUGAUAUAAUGGCAGGUAAUUCAAGAUUUUCAUUAAGUGAUGAUGAAAAGCUACUUAAUGAGAUAAAUAAACACUCAUUACUAUUUAAAAGAGAUAAAUCACAUCAAUGUGCCCAUUUUAUGUCCCAAAAACAACUUAUAUGGAAAGAAAUUGCGAAAAAACUAGAUAAAAAAGAAAACGAAGUAAAAAAACGAUGGAAGUCAAUAAGGUCUACUGCAAGUAGAAGUAAAUAUAAAAAAGUUAAUAAAAAAUAUCAAAAAACGAAAUGGUCAAUGUGUUCCUUAUGGGAUAAACUUUCUUUUUACACGGAAGUAUCAGAAGUUUCAGAAAAAGAAGUAUCUCCAAGUAAUAAUAAAGAUAAUUAUACAUCAGAAAAUACUUAUACUACAAUUAAUCGGAAGACAAAUGUUUGUUUGUUUCCAACUCAAUUGGAUUUAAAUAAUGAAAUCGAACAUUUUUUCAAAAUUGUUAAGAGAGAUGUAGAAAAACUACCGAAAUUUGGUAUUGUUGAAAUUAAAUUUGAAAUAAAAAUAUUACUUAAUAAACUAAUAGAGAAGUAUUCACUUUUGCAAUAUGAUCCUCCGCUGAUAGAUGAUUUUCAAGAUGCUUCGUGUACAUUAGAAAAUUCAAAAAAUAGUGACAUUAAUUUUUCUAAUCGUUCUAAUAUAAACACAAACUUUGUCAAUUUGUCUAAUCAAUUAAGCAGUUGUAAUUUACAAUCUAUACAAAAAAAUGAAAGUGAAAAUUAUAUUUUUUUGUCAUUAGAUCAAAAUGAAAAUGCACGUGCAUCACUCAUACAAGACAAUAUUUAUAGUACACACAAUCGGAUGGAAAACAUUUUGUUAUUUCCAGUUGAAUUAGACUUGGAUGAUGAAAUAGAAAUGUUUUUUAAAAAUAUUAUAGAAAAUGCGAAAAAAUUGCCGAGAAGAGGUAUUAUAGAACUGAAAUGGGAAGUUAAAAUGUUACUUCAUAGGUUAAAAGAUAAGUUUUCCUAUUUACAGUAUGAUACUCUUUUGAUUAAUAAUUUUCAAGAUAAAUGCAAAUAUUCUCGUGAAAAGAUAACUAAUGAUUCGUCAUUUCAUGGAAAAACUGAUUUAUUUGAACAAUUAGACUAUUUUCCACAACAAUCCGUACAAAAAGAUGAAUACGAAAAUGAUACGCUUUUGUCAUUUAAUCGAAAUGAAACUGAAUUAGCAUCAUAUACUCAAGAUAAUACUUGUACUAAACAAAAUCGUAUUGCAUCAGACAUUAAACAGUCAUUUUCCCGCGAAAAUGAUUGUUUGUAUUUAACUCGUAUAGAUUUAGAUGAUGAAAUUGAAAUGUAUUUCAAAAAUAUUAUAAAAAAUACAAAAAAACUUCCGAAAAGAGGUAUUAUAGAAAUGAAGCAAAAAGUAAAAAUAUUGCUUCGUAGAUUACAAGAUAAAUACUCUAAGUUUAAAUUUGAUAAUCUACAGAUAAAUGAUUUUUGAGAUGAAAGCAUUUAUUAAUUAAAAAAAAUUCGAUACUUUAUAAUAUAGUGACUUCGAAUCAAUUUCAACGAAAAUUUCCUCCGCCUAUUUAAGGUUUUUAUUCGUUCACAUAAAAAUUAUUCUUGCACUUUAAAACUCUUCAAUAUAACUUUAUUUUAAUACUUAUUGAUUGGCCAAUCACUUUUUAGGUAUAAUCAAUUGAUAAUAUUAACAAAAAAGACUAAUAUUAUUUAAGUAAGAAUAAGUUUAAAUUUAGUUGUUUUAAAUGAAUGCUACAAAUAUUUUAUUUUGUAGAUUAAUAUUUAAGUGUUAAAGAUUUUGUAAGUCGAAAGUUUAUCAUGCCUAUUAAACGAUAAGUUAAGUUUAACUUAAUCAGACCAUGUUUUGUUUUGUUCAAUUAUAUUUGACCCAAAGAAGUGUAAAUUUUAUAAGAGAUUAAUCUAUGUAAUCAUUAGACAGCAGAAUCAUAAUACGCCUCUGAUUACAAUCGAUUAUGUGAUGAUGUUACUUGAUUAUAUGAGGAAGCAAUUUUUAAUCUGUGUGUCAGUAUGUGUUUAUC